AUGGAUGAAAUGGACGACGUCUAUGAUUCUCAUAUGGAUGUUAAGAAGAUUUCGGGCGACUACUUCUUACACUUGAUGACUGUGGCUGACACUACGAUGAUGGCCAAAUUAGUGGCGUGCCAGUUUUUGAAGGAAAAAUGGAUACGCAAAGGCCCCCGUUGCGAUGACAUUCCAAAGUUCGUCCAGGGCAUAUUUGUCGGGUUGCAAAUGACGUCACCUUCAGAUGAGCUUGCCUAUCUAAUGAGGCUCAUGCUAGGGGCACUCUCAGCCACCAUCUCCUCUAUGGACAGUUCACAAUGCCGUGAGCUACUUCGUACCAUUGUGCCUAUAUCUGACAAUGUUGACGGCCCUUGUGCUUAUGGAGUGCAAGGAUUGGUGUACGAUUUGUACACUUCGUUUCCGAAAGAGGUAGAGGAAGAACUAUGGGGAAGCAAGAUGUAUGACUCGAUUAUUACAAAUAUUGACGACUUCAGUGAUUGUAUUGAUCAUGAUUUUGGUCUUCUCGAUGACCUCCCUGGGAUAAUAUUGACUUUUGAAGGCGAUUUCCGCAGAACGGCCUUGAACUAUGUAUUGCACAAUUGCGACAAUGAAUUGCAGCGGGUGUACUGGACAUGGUUGUACGGCACCGUUGGCUUUGACAGCGAUGACAGUGAUAACAGUGAUGAUGACAGCGACGACGACGAUGAUGAUGAUAACUGA